AUGGCAGCCCGGGGACAAGGGCUGUCUUGGUCGCUCCUUGCGGGGAGCUCUGCUGCUGCUGCUGCUGCUGCUGCUGCUGCCGCCUAUGCUUUGUUCUCGGCCCGUGCCGCGUAUCGCUCCUCCCACGCCCUCUGCCCGCCCUCGGCUGGCCCGUCCUUCUCGCUGCCGCCGCUGGCCAAUCUGGGCCAGACCUGCUAUCUCAAUGCUGUCAUCUCCGCCAUUGCUGCUCUUCCGCCGCUCGCCACAUACUUUGAUCUCGCUGCUGCCUCGCUGCCGGACGACUCGCUCCUGCUGCCUGUCCUCGCCGCCCUCGCCUCGGUCCUCGCCCGCAUUGCUCCGCUCUCGCCGGGCGAGAGCUCGCCCUCGAGCGCCCACCCGCCAGCUCGUCACUCGCCGGCCCGCCACUCGCCGGCCCGCAAGCUCCGGUCUGCGCUAGCCGCACUAGUCAUCGCCCUCGACGAAGCCUUCCCCGCGCUCGACGUCCGCCGGCAGCAGGACCCGUACGAGCUCCUGCAUCUGCUGACCCGCGCGGUGGAGGAGGCUCUUGACGAAGCCGAGCGCACCGAUAGGCUGCGGGUAGUGUGCGAGCCGGCGACUAGCUCGACACCGCUGGCCAAGGUUCCGCGCGGCGCUGCACUCUGCGCCUUCCGCGCAUCGUCAGAUGGCGACCCGCCGUUCUUCGCCUACGCGCGGCUCUUUGCGCCGCUCCUUCCGCUCCGCGGCUUGUCGCUGGCCAAGCGGUUCUGUGGCUCGUGCUCGCGCAUUGCCUCGCUCGCUGUCUCCUCGUUCUCAGACCUCUCUCUCCCGCUUGCUGCGCUGGGCAGCGGCGGUACCGGGUCGUACCACUCGCGCAAGCCCGUCUCACUCGCCUCCGCCCUCGACGCCUACGUCGCGCCGCAGCCGGUCCACGGCUCGUCUCGCUGCCCGCACUGCACUCCACCCGGCUCGAGCAAGGACAGCGCAAGCUCCCACGGUGUCAUGCACGAGCAAAUCGCGCUCUCGGCCCUCCCGCCUGUCCUUGCCCUCCACUUUGAGCGCGUCGUCGCCACAGGCGGGAGCGUGGCCAAGCUCCAUACUCGCGUCGACUUUCCGGCGGUCCUCGACAUGGCUCCGUACAUGCACUUUUCCGCUCGCGCCGCACCCGAUGCCCAGACCAUCUACUCCCUUGCCGCCGUCAUUGUCCACCACGGCGACCGCACUUCGCGCGGCCACUACACCGCCUUUCGCAAGAUCCCGGCCUGGUCUGUCCCGCGCGCUCCGCGCGACACCGCUUCCAACCAUCCGUCAACCAUCACCCCCACCGGCGACGUGUGGAUGCACGUCUCGGACGAUGUCUCGUUUGCGGUGCCCGAGGCCUCGGUCCUCACUUGCACACCGUCACUCCUCCUCUACGAGCGCCAGCCGAUCUCUGUCAUCAAGACUGCUGUCCGCACCAACAACGUGCUCACGGCCUGA